AUGAGCGAAUGGGGUUUCGACCUAGCCAGACAAGCACCUUACCUCCUACAUACACUCAGUGCCUUUGCUGCCCUGCACCUACAGCAUUUCAGCCAUAACAAGGAUCCAGAGCUCGAUGACCUCUACGACCAUCACUUCCACAGCGGAAUAGAAAUGUACAGCCAGGCGCUGUCCAGCGAAAUCGAGCCGGAGAACGUAGACGCUAUGUUUGCCGCGUGCAUGCUAUUUGCAUUUCUGGCGUACACUGCGCCUUCUCGGGGCCCUCCUCGCGAUACAGAUGCAAUAGCGCCGGCUUCUACAGACCUUGUCUGGCUCAUGAGCCAGUGCGGCUUCCUGACGCUUAAGACCACCACACAAUGUCACCUCUCAACCUCGAUAUGGCAUGAUCUCUUCGCCGAGUCAGAUUCUCAGGGCUCUCAGCUCAAGGUGCCCAUGGAUCUUACAUCUACACCCUCGGCAUGGCUCAAUCUUUGCGGUAUCGAUGCCACAAGCACAGACGCCAAUAACCCUUACUACAGAGCCCUCCACAUGCUACUGCUCAUCCAGCACAUCGACGCAAGCAAGCCGGCAAAUUUCUCACCCUUCAUAUCCUUCCCCGGACGAAUGCGCUCAGAGUUCAUGGAGCUCGUCCAGCAGAGAGACAAGGUCGCUCUCCUCUUACUGGCUCACUGGCUAGCCAAAAUGUGCGAGAUGGGCCAAUGGUGGUGCGAUGCCAAGGUCAGGAGCGAGUGCUGGGCUAUCUGUGAUUACUUGGGAGAUCACGCGAGCUACAAGGGCGGGUGCGAAGGCCAGCAGCUCCUCAUCGAAGGACUGUUGAGGGCUCCUAUGCGCGCUUGUGGCUAUCCGGCGCGUCUUGUGUAA